GUGUGUGUGCUCACGUGCAUGUGUGCAGCACUGGGAGCCAGGCUGCUGCUUCUCAGAGCUUUGGAGAAGCUGAACUGGCACUGGGGCCAGACUGGCCAUGAUCUUGACAGGAAAAGUUUCUCAGCUUCCUGGGGUAUGAAACAAUGAAGCUUCAGAGGGCAACCUGAGUUCAUCAUAAGGUCAGGCCAGCUUAAUGUAGCUGGAAAUACUUGCAUGCUGCCAGGGUGAGCAGUAAGCAGCCUACAGAGAGAUAUUUUGGCAGAAGGAAAGGGAGCAGAAUGUAGAAGAACAGGAAAGAAACUUAGGAAGCAUUGAAUGAUUGGAGGAAAUUGCUUUAAAGACUAGAUUACAUAAUAUAGUUUGUGCAAAGAAACACUAAGAAAAAAUUGUGUAAGAGUGACAUCUAUUGGUGGAAAUGCAAGAAUUGACUUAGAAGUACAUUUAAAAUGCUUUUUAAUGCUUACAAUCACUGUUGGUAUUCUCUUGAGCUUGUUAUAAAAUGGAUUUUUUUUGUCCUAACUUCCUUUUCUUAACAUAAUUAUUUAGAAUAGUCUUGUAUCAGUGCAAAGGUACAGGUUUAUUCUUGUAAUAAAUUGCUGAGAUGAAAACAAAUAACUGAACUGACAGGAACAGUGACAUAGCUGUUAUCACUGCUAGAAAUAUAUGCUAAAACAGGAAGUAUAUAGUCCUUGAGGAUUCUCUGACUGCAUUUAAAAGUCCUUGAAUAGAGCAGGAAGAGUUACAAAUGAAGACCAUUUAGGAACAACAUUUUGAGUAAAAUAAGAAAUAUCUGAGAUUAGUAAACAGUUUGUUUCCAUCUUUCUCACUAUUUUUAAAUAAAUAUUUAAUGUCUAAAAAUCUAAUUAUUGCAUUAUGAAAAAAAUGGAAUAAUUCCAGUUUCUUGUAGUUAAAAAGUAAAAAUAUUUAUUCCAUUAUUUUUAAAAUAUUCAGAACAAAAGUCUUAAUUUCUAUUAAAAAAAGGGUGCUCAACAUGGGCUGAUGGACUUCUAGAGACCCACCAAGACACUUUAUCCUGCAGCUCACUCCCUGUGACUCUCUUUCAGGACAGAAUUCUGAGUUGAGUUACAAAGCCCUUGUAUCUCCAAGAUUAUUUUUAUUCUUCAAGAUGAGUCCAUGGGAUUGAAGGAGGAGUUGCCAAAAGAACAAUAGUGAGAAGGCUGCUGCAGCAGUUGCUGUCAACAGAAUCUGUUUGGACUGCAGCCCUGCUAGAAGUGGCCUGUAAGAAAGACAGUGGCCAAAACCAGGCUGCAUGAGUUGCUCUGGUGACAACAACCAUUGGGUGUUCCCUUCCUCUUCAGGGUGGGACGUUGUGCCCAGAUAUUGUCUUCCCUGUGCACUCAUCAGACUGGACAACAAGACAAUUGCGGUAAAAAAGGAGCCAGUGUCUGGAGAGCAAUUCUGAAGCUAAGAUCAUGUUCCCAGGAAAUAGCAUCUAAAAUGGACCAAUUUAUUUAUUCACAGUUGCACUACACCCAGUCAUGUUAUCUAUGGCCCUUUUCUGCUUUUAGAAGAAAACCUUUAGCCUAACUGAUCAAAAGUUUGGCACUAUUGUUUUAAAAUGCAUUUGUGUUCAUAAUAAUAAUAAUAUGAAAAAGCUAUUUAUUGAAAAGCUCUGCUUGCUCUGGGUUGGGAACACCCUAACAUUAAUGUAUAAUAUAAUUGUGUAUGUGCACCUAUAGAUACACUAGUGUUUGCUUAUGGAAUUAUAGAAUCAUAGAAUGGUUCAGAUUGGAAUGGACAUUAUAAGUCAUCAAAUUACAACUCCCCUGCCAUGGGCAGGGACACCUGUCGUUAGAGCAGGUUGCACAGGGCCCCAUCCAACUUCACCUUGAACACUUCCAGGGAUGGAGCAUCCAGAUCUUCUCUAAGAAGCCUGUUCCAGUGCCUCACCACCAUCACAAGCAAAGAAUUUCUUCCUCAUAUCUAAUCUGAACCUACUCUCUUUCAGUUUGAAGUCAUUAUGCCUUGUCCUAGUAAUACAGGCCCUUGUAAAAGUCUCUCUCCAGCUUUCUUGUAACUCCCUUGAGGUACUGAAAGGUGCUGUAACAUCUCUUCAGAUCGUUCUCUUCUCCAGGCUGAACAACCUCAACUCUCUCAGCCUGCUGUCACAAGAGAGGUGCUCCAGCCCUCUGAUCAUCUUCCUGGCCCUCAUCUGGACUUACUCCAACAGCUCCAUGUCCUUCUUUUUUCAUUCUGUUCCCUUUCCUUCUGCCAAAACAGCUGGAUGCAGCUCUGCAGGUGGGCUCUCUCCAGAGCAGAGCAGAGGGGCAGAAUCCCCUCCCUGGCCCUGCUGCCCACACUGCUCUGGAUGCAGCCCAGGGCACAUUUGGCUCUCUGGGCAGAGAGUGCCCGUGGCUGGGUCAUGUCCAGCCUCUCACCCACCAGCACCCCCAGGUCCUUCCCAGCAGGGCUGUUCAUCCCCAGCCUGUGUUGAUAACAGGGAUGGCCCUGAGCCAGGUGCAGCACCUUGCACUUGGUCAUGUUUAACCCCAUGAUAUCCCCAUUGGCCCACCUCUCCAGCUUGUCCAUUAUGUUAUUGAAAAGAUAUUUCUAUUAGUUGGAAGGCAGUAGAUAAUGUGGAUGAGAGAGUGAAUGAAGUCUACUCUGACCAGACUUCUAAAUGCAAUCUACACCAGAAGCAUGAAAAAAGAUCUUGCAUUAGAUUUUAAACCUUAGGCGGGGCGAAGAUAAAGAGAUAUUGAAGGUAAUGAAACAAAAUAGAAAUUAAACUCCACCCUAUUUUUUAUACAGCAUUUCAUCUCAGAUAAAAAAGCACAUAAGUGAGAUGUGAAAAUGCAGCUAAAAUUGCAAUUAACAGUUAGUAAUUACUUAAGAAAUUAUGGUAAAUUAAUGCAACUAUGUGGAUUUUAUUUUAUAAAGCUUUUUGUUUAAGCUUUAAACUACUAUAGCAUAUUGUAGAUGGGGAGCAAAAGGCCUGUUGAAAUGAAAAGAAGAUGAAAAGAGAGUAACCUAUAAAAGGAAAAUGAUUAAAAAUUCAUCUUCAUUCUUUGUAACACUAAGUGCCAGCCUUUGUGCCUUAAUGUACAAAGAUCUUACUUAGCUUACUUACACAGUUUAUAGUGAUCUUCUGUUCCCUGUCUUUGUUACUUGUAUGUCUGCUCAUAUUAACCAGACCCAUCACUGUAUCUUUCUAGAAUUUCUGUCUCAGAUCUACCACUGCUUUUUCAUGUGAUAGGUUUUACAGGUUAAUAUUCCAUACAUUUGUUGAUACAGUAUACAGUAUGCACUCCUGCAAAAUAGUAAACUGAGUUUCCUAAUGUGCUUCCUGAUUUUAUAACUGUAUAGCUAUUACAGUGCUUUUUUCAAAUUCUCUAAAGUAGUCCAUAUCUCAAUGUCAAUCAGAAUUUAGAUGAAAAUGUAAAAAAACACUUUGCAUUUAUAUAGAUGGAUUUAUACAGACCCCUACAUCAAAUGUGUCUGGUGUCCACACAUUCUGUUAACAUCAUGUAUUGCUGAAUUCUGAUUAGAAAUUAUCAUGUCUAUGUUUCUGUUGCUACAUCUAAAUUAAUUACUUACAUUUAAAGCAGUUAUGUUGGCAAUACCCAAUUCCAUCAAAACGCAGGAAAGCUGUUCAUAUAAUGGUCUAAGUGAGGUAACAAGGCUGAGAAUAAUGAUGAAAAUCAAGGCCUUAUAGUUUUUCUUCUAUCUUCCCUGUCUCUCCUAUUUUAGAACAUUUAAUGGGUUAAAAUACUAAGUUUAAAAUGAGGUAAUCAGCAGGAGAGACAAACAGGAGAGCAGGGGAAUGUUAAGACCAUUAUCAACCUGCACAGUAAAGGUUAGGCUGAGGACAGGGCAGAGGGCAGACUGUGUCAGCUGAACUUCAGAUCAGUUCAAGCCACCUGAGCUACAAACAGAGCCUGCUGCUUCUUGUGGCUCUUCUGAAGCCUGACACAAUUGGUGCAUAUUUGAUUCCAUGAUUGUUUUCAAGAAGUUAUGCAAACUUUUCUAGAUUUGGGGUUUUUUAUUUUGAAAUAACAGUAGAAUAUUUGUUUUCAGUUUAGCAACCUUGCUGUUUUGUAGAAAGUAUUUCUGUCAUGUUCGUGUUUAUCUACUUUGAUAUUACAGUGAUCUGAAAAGGCAAUCUGAAUAGAUAAGGGGUCAGGAAGUGUUGAGCCCUGCCAUAUGAUAGUGGUAGAAAUUAGAGGACCUCAUUCUGGCUUAAUGUUUGUUUUCUUCAAAGCCAGUUUUAAAACCUACUUCAGGUGAGCUUUUAGACACCUCAAGAACAGAACUAGAGUGUGUUGUGGGUGUGACUUCUGUCUGUGAUGAAAUGUAGGUCAAAAAGGGUGUGGAUUUUUAAAUAUGCUUUAAACUGUAAGAAAUGGCUGUCCUUUUGUAUAAUUAGUGCAUUGACUGCCUUGAAAGUUGCUAUUACGGGUUUUAAGGGCUUUUCUGAGGCACCAGAGAAUUGUCAGUUUUAUUAAAUAAAGAGGCUUGUAACAUAAUUAAAACUGAUUUUUUCUAAAGAUUUUGAAGUUGUUCCUUUAGAUGCAGUGUUAAAGCCUGUUCAGAGAGACUUUCCUUAUGAGAUUGAUUCACACAGCAUUAAAACACUUCUACCAACAAACUGACUCCAUCUCAUUUUACAUCACAAUGAUGACCUCUUUUUUUAUGUCAAAAUAUUAAGGGCACAUACCGAUGUAUGUAUUUUACCCCGAAACACUCAAUUGAGUAAGUAACUGAUAUGUAUUUCAUUGUCAGCUAUUCAGUCCUUCAAAGGACUCUCCACUGGGCUGAUCAUCAGAAUGUAGGAAACAGGUCUCUACAAAAGCCAUAUUUUAGGCUUGGAGUUUAUGGACUGUGUGGUGAAUUUCAGAGGCUGACUGACUCAUUCAUCACAAUGACUUUCAGUUUUUGAGUAUUUCUCCAGGCAUAUGUAUAAAGAUGAUGUUAAUUCUAGAGCGCAAAAAGCUUGAAAGUUUCUCCACACUUCCAAGAGUUUACUACAAAAAGAGGUACACAUAAAGCAGUAUUUUUUCUGCAGGCUUGUGAGAUUUCCUCUGGUUAUAUAGGGUAUAUUUCAGCUUCUGGAAUUUUAAUUAUUCACUGUUCAACUCUGGGAUUUCUAGCACCUCAAUAUAUUGUAUUACUUAAGCUUUACACUAAAAACACCUUAUUUGAUCCUGGUCUGCUGCAUUUUGUUGGGAUGUUGUUUAGUCAUAAAGUAUGAGAUUCCUGUUUUAAGUCCACUUUUAAACUAAACUUCUCAUAAGUCCAUUAAAACCUUAAAUAGUUAAAUAGUGGCUGUAAUCAUUAACCUUUUACUCAUAGGAUUGUUACAGCUUGGUGACCCUUUUUUAUUACAGGGAAAUUUUAUUCUAAGUAGGGGCUAUUGUUAACAUAAACAGAUGAAUAAAUAUUUUGGCAUAAUCUCAAACCAGUAUGUUUAUUUUAAAAGGUAUCAUGAAGUUGUUCAAAGAGGUAUGUUUUUGUUAGUGACUAACAAAACUAUUCUUGAAAAUAUGAUUUAAUGUUUAUCCAUCAGAAGUUAAUGAAACUCCAAAUAACUAGGCACAUAAAUAAAUAAACAAGACAUAACCAUACAAUUUAUCAGAACAGUGAGCAAUUAAUCAUGUAAUUGAACAUAAAAACAGAUGUGCAUUUAAAUGUAGGAAACGUUGGUUCAGUAUUGUCACUUUGCCCCAUUUAUUUUGCCAUAAAAUGGAAUAUAGAAUUGCUUUAGAGUUGCCUUGAAGAAAUUUUUUCUUGGGGGAAGUCACCAGUGUUGUGGUAGCUUCCUUCCACCUGUUUAUAAGUCCUGGAAUUUUAAGAAUAGGUUGGCAUAGGGGGUAAUAAGGUGUCUCUUUCUUUACAUAGAGCUUCCUUUUGUGAUAUUAAGCCUAGAAACCAGGGGAGCCUGUCAGUUGUUUCUGACCUUGACACCUGAUGAUUAAGCAUAGCGGAGAAGCAAAUCCAGAGCUUGCUAAGGAAAUGCCAGGCAGCAGGGCAGAAGACAUUGCUCCUUGUGAAAUCACAGAUAACGAUGGGAAUGAUUCCAAUGCCCUUUGUCUAUAGGUAUGCACACAACCCUGUAAUUGAAAAGGUGUCUGUAAACUUCAUCUAAGCCCUUAGUAUUGCAAUCUGAUUUUCAGGAAACUUUGCUCCUGCAGGAGAUACCAAUGGCUUUUGCUGUUGACAAAUGUUUUUUUGUAUAGUCUACAUUUUUAAACAUUAAACCAAAAGCUAAAUGUGUUGGGAUACUUUGCUGUUGCUUGUUGGCUGUAAUACUCAGCUUUUCAGUAAAUGUUUUUCGGUAAUCACAUACAGCAGUGUGAUCUGCAGCUGAUUUCCCUGUGAAGGACAGCUUUCCCCAUGUUGCUUGCUUAAGAUUACUCAUCACAGCUAAAUGGAUGACUGUAGAAUGACUCUUUAACUUGGGUAAAUAAAAAAAAAAAGUAGCGAAAGUGGAGACUUGUGAUGGAAACCUGCUCCAAAUGUUACUGACUUUUUGAAUAUCAAUAGUGCUUCAGAGUAUUUUGUACUUUCUCCAUCUGUAUUGAUAAAAAAUACAUAGUAUCCCUGGUAGUUUCUGUUAACGUUGAGUUAGACAGUUUUGUACAUUUCAAGAGUUCUUGUUCGUUUAAACUAAACAAAUCUCACGCAUAUAGCAGUAAAGUCUGUGAAAAACAGCACAAAAGAUGUCAGCAGAGAUCGUUCUGGUUCGGAACCAUCCGGUGCCGUGGAUGGACCAGGCUGUCCGAUUCCUAAACAGUUAAUUUGGCCCUCCUGGGCGCGGGCCGCUCUCCCGCCGCCCAGCGCUCCCGGUCCCUGGGCGCGGCCGCAGUCUCUGAUAAAGUACCUGCGUGCACCUCUCAGCAGGAGCUGUGCAGGGCAAGGACAGUGGUAAUAUGAAACCAGUCUCGUUGGUUUUUGUUCAUGGCCCUGGAGGCUGAAAUCUGCAUUCCAGAUGAAACCUCCAGCAAAUCGGAAGAGAGUCUCUUUUUUCCCUACUUUCCUCUGCUUCAAGGGCGCUCACCCGAGUUGGGUCUGCCCGGCCGGGCACUGGGGGCUCUCCAAGGGCUUCAGGAGCGGGCACAGGAAGCUUCAGAGUCGUAAGCUCGGGUUUCCAUUUGACGUUUUUUGGUGAUUAUGGAUUUACAAAAGAAGUUCUUUAUCCUAGUGGAAAGACUAUGCAAAGGAAUCCGUCAGGAAUUUUCUGCUGAAAACCACCCAGCGCUGGCGCACCGGGACAAGGAAGUAGGGAGCAGCCGCGGCGCGCUCGGCCCGGCGGGACGGCUGCUGUAGCUGCCGGGCGCUGCGGGCUCGGCGCGCCGGGAGCCGGGGGCGCGCAGCCCGUCGGGGUGCGGAGCCCCGGGGGGCCCAUCGGCCCGGCUUCAGCCGAGGUUCGUGCUGUGACAAACCCCUCUUGUGCGAGGGAGCAAGUUCCAGACGCUGCCUAGAACUGUUUUUUACGGUGGGUCGUUUUUUGCUGCUCCCUUGGCGGAGCGGGAGCCCCGACGGCCGGGGCGGAAGCGGCGGCGGGGCGGCCCGGCCGGGAGCGCGGGAGGCCGGCGGCCUGCGCGGGCCGGGCCGGGCCGGGCCGCCUGUUGCAGCGCCGGCAGCCGGCCCCGCCGGCAGCCUGAAUGCGCGCAGUAAGUGUUGGCUCAGCAGUCAGCAGCGCUGCUGCGAGCCACCCUAUUCUCCACUUCACGCAACAUGGAAGAACAUAAUGGGAUGCCUGACUGCAGUCAGCUUUUAGACCUGAAGAACACGGCAGAAAGCGACCCUGACCCACUCACUACAUUUUCUGUGAAAACGCUGUUUGGAUUUACAGCUAAGCUUGAGCCUACAGCUCCCAAAGAAGAAACAGUGCUUAAAGCAUUUCAGCCUUUGCAGGGCAAUAUAAAUACUCACGCUAACACCUGGCAUGAGAGGAAUGAUAAUGGACGUAAUGAGGACUCAGAAAAUCAGCACGGCGUGGAUAGGACCAGUGGCCAAGCUGACCCAAUGUCUGGCAGGCAGGCAGGCCUGGAGCUGGACUUAGCUGACCAAAAUGAAUUACUUCUUCAGCAUUUGAGGUUUGUUCAGAAUUCUUUGUCUGAAUCUGACAAUGAUGACAAUGAUGACAAGGAUGCUAUUCUUGUGCAAGGUACUUUGGUUCAUACAACAAGUGACACAGAAUCGGACACGGAGAAUAAGGACCUAGACAUCGAUGAGAACAAUGCAAGCAAAUAUGGGCUGAAGAAUGCUCCUUUGUCUGCUGAGGCCUUGGACAACAGCAAUCUAAAUAAGGAAGAGUCAGAAUCAGAAGGGCACAGCAACAGUGAGGACACUGUGGAUACAGAUGACAUUGAAUUACACCCACCAUUCUCUAACCAGCUCCCAAAAGAGCUGGAUGGUAUUCUACAGUAUGACUCCAAUGGAAAAGACAAAAUGUUAAUGGAUGAGCAAUUCACUCAUUUGCUUGCUACAGGGGAGUGCCCUCAGGAACUUUCAGAUGAAGAACAAAGACCUUCCGUUGAUAAUAUAUCACUCCAAAAAACAGCUCUGGCUGAAAAGACUUUCCAGCUGCCUGCUUUCUUCAGUGGACUACGUGUCAGGAAAAAGGGACUAACCACAGAAGAUGGGGAAACUGUUACAGAAAUUAAACCAAGGGAGAAUGAUUUAGCUCUGCUUAAAUUACGACAGCCAGUUAAGAAAUCCAGUAUUGCAUCAGGUUUGACCAUUAAAAAAAAAUCAUCUGAACCUAAAGCAAAUCCCACUUUCCUAGAACAGCUCUCGCACUUGUUAAACAUAGACGUCUCCAAGAACGAAGAUAGAACUGAGGACUCUGAUGAGGUAUCUGGGGAGACCGAGGACAGUGAUGAAGCUCAAGAGAACAAAGCCUCCAGCAAAAGAGAACCACGAUUUCCCUCUGAGGAGAUAAAAUCAAGCCCUGCUGAAUCUGCACUGGAUGCCUUUAGAGCUUUAUUCAUGCGACCUCCCAAGAAAGAAACAACUGCAGAUACUUCAGAGCUGGAAGCCCUGAAACGCAAAAUGAGAAAUGAAAAAGAGUCCUUGAAAGCUGUAUUUGAAAGGUCAAAAUCAAAACCUGGGGAUGGACCAUCAGACAAAUCUCCUGACCUGAGUCCCUCAGAGCAAGAUGACAAGACUCCAGGGAGACUCCAGACUGUCUGGCCGCCACCAAAAGCGAAUCAUGAAGAAGUAAAAGUAGGAUUGAAGUACACAGAAGCAGCUCACCUAAAGCUUUACAAGGAGGGACCACCAGAGUACCAAGCUGCUAUUCUGCAUUUAAAGAGGGAACACAAAGAAGAAAUUGAAACAUUAAAGUCUCAGUUUGAACUCAGGGUAUUCCAUAUUCGCGGAGAACAUGCUGUCUCAACUGCUCAGCUUGAGGAAACCAUUGCACAUCUGAAGAAUGAACUUGAUAAUAAAUUAAACAGAAGAAAUGAAAAAGCCAAGGAUAUUGGUGUUUCUACUGAAGAUGAUAACCCACCAAAGGCAUACCGAAAUGUAUGUAUACAGACUGACAGAGAAACUUUCAUAAAGCCUAGUGAAGAAGAAAGCAGAGCUGUGAAAAAUAACCAAAUAGUACCCAAAAAGCUUAAUAUUUCUUCUUUGACACAUAGUAUAUCUGCCCAAAGUGAAAAUAAGGACAAUUACAAUGUACAGUCAUCAGAAAGUGUCUUGUCUUGUCAACCAAAACAAAUGCUGCCUCCACCACCUCCUCCCCUUCCUGAUUCUUCACUGUCUGCUGUAGUUCCUCCACCACCACCUUUGCCAAUGGGUCCAGCUUCACUGACAUCUCAGUUUGGAUCUGGUCCACCACUGCCACCUCCACUUUCUGAAGGCUGCAGGAAUUUUCAAGCACCACCGCCACCUCCACCGCUUCCGGGAGUGGGACCUCCUGUUCCUCCUCCACUGCCUGGAUCUGGGUUACCUCCACCCCCUCCACCUCCUGGGUCCGGUUUCUUUUUUAAUAGCACUUUAUCUUCAAACCAAGGUCCUCGAAAACCUGCCAUUGAACCUGGCCGUCCUAUGAAGCCUUUGUACUGGACACGAAUACAACUGCAAGAUAACAGGAAAACUGCUAUGCCAACAUUAUGGGAAUCACUGGAAGAACCUGAUAUACUUGACACUACUGAGUUUGAAUAUUUAUUCUCCAAAGACACCACUCAGGAAAAAAGAAAACCAUUAUCAGAGACUUAUGAAAAAAAAACCAAGGCCAAAAAGAUUAUCAAAUUGCUGGAUGGAAAGCGGUCUCAAACUGUAGGAAUUUUAAUAUCGAGUUUGCACUUGGAGAUGAAGGAUAUUCAACAAGCUAUAUUGUGUGUUGAUGACUCUGUAGUAGAUCUGGAGACACUGGAAGCCCUAUAUGAAAAUAGAGCACAAAAGGAUGAACUGGAGAAAAUCAAGCAAUAUUAUCAGACUUCAAAAGAGGAGGAACUGAAGCUUCUGGAUAAACCAGAACAAUUUCUGUAUGAGUUGUCUCAAAUCCCCAACUUCGCAGAACGAGCUCAAUGUAUUAUCUUCCAGUCAGUUUUCUCUGAAGGGAUAACAUCAGUGCACCGGAAAGUAGAUAUUGUGACUCGUGUUUCCAAGGCUUUGCUGAGCAUGAAAAGUGUAAAGGAAAUUUUGGGCUUGAUUCUGGCUUUUGGAAAUUAUAUGAACGGAGGGAAUAGGACCCGAGGUCAAGCUGAUGGGUUUGGUUUGGAAAUACUCCCCAAACUAAAGGAUGUCAAAAGCAGAGAUAAUGGUAUUAAUCUUGUGGAUUAUGUCGUCAUAUAUUACCUACGCCAUUGUGAUAAGGAAGCAGGAACAGACAAGAGUAUUUUUCCUUUACCAGAACCACAGGAUUUUUUCCAGGCCUCCCAAGUUAAAUUUGAAGACCUAAUAAAAGACUUAAGGAAACUGAAGAGAGAUCUAGAAGCCUCUGAAAAGCAGAUGAAGUUAGUUUGCAGAGAGUCUUCUGAAGAACAUCUCCAGCCCUUCAAGGAGAAAUUAGAGGAAUUCUUCCAGAAAGCCAAAGAAGAACGGAAAAAAGAAGAGAACAGUUUGGAAAAUGCUCAAAAAUGCUUUGAAGAAACAGUGGGAUACUUUGGGAUAAAGCCAAAGCCUGGCGAGAAGGAGAUCACACCAAACUACGUUUUCACGGUGUGGUACGAAUUCUGCAGUGACUUCAAGACCAUUUGGAAACGAGAGAGCAAAAGCAUUUCCAAGGAACGAAUUAAAGUGGCUCAGCAAUCAGUGAGCAAGUUAACUGCAGAGAAGAAAAUUGAAACGAAGAAAAUCAAUCCUACAGCUAGCCUGAAAGAAAGACUACGUCAGAAGGAAGCCAGUGUGACUGCCAACUGAAGGAAGAUUAAUGAAAACAGUGCAGUGAUUUCAUACAUUGCCUGAUGCUUUACUACACCAAUGGCCCAGGAAGCACCUUAUGUUAGAUACUGAAUUCUGCUUUGCUGAUCUGUCCCAAGACAAUCCAUUAAAGACUUUUGAGUUCCUUCAGAGGGGUUUGUAUGUUCAGUGGAGGGAAUUCUAAGAAGGUUUUCACGUGGGAAGUCAAAAUAUUUUUCUGUAACAGUUCCUUACAUUGCUUGAAAUGCAUCUCGUUGUCAAUGGUUUAUUAAAAUAUUCUGUGUAUAAUGUAUUAAUAUGGAAGAGCUAAAAUGAGCAUUUUGGAUUCUGAGUUAUGUAAUGACUAACAACCUGUAAGUUAUUUACAGGGCUUUAUGUAGAUGAGAGCAAAUAUGCCAUUCAGUUCACAAAGGUCUAUUAUAGCAUACUUUUUGUUACUUCAGCAGUAACUGAGGUAAGAUUGACUGAUUCUAAAUAAUUUUACAGUGUCUAACUAUUCAAUGCAUCUUUCUAAAACUAAUUAAAGGUAAUGAUAGAUUCAUACUGUAUUUUACUAUAAAUAUUUUUAUAGAAGCUUUAGCUUAUGCCAUGCAUUGAAAUGGGAGUAAUAUUUUGCACAUAAAAAGGAAUAUUCAAAUUCUUUAGUUUUAUGAUUGAUGGCAUAACAGAUUUAUUAUUUUUAUGGUUUUAAUCUAACAUUUCCUAAAUUUUGAGCUUCAACAGAAAAAAUGAUAAAAUGUAUAUUUUUAUUUCAGUAUAUAUUGAAAAUACCAAUUCCAUAAUAUGAUGAGUUUAUAGGUCAUUAUUCAUUAAGAUACAAUAAUAUCUCUCCAUGAAGUUACACAUUUGCCAUUAAAUAUUUGACUUUUAAUUCCAUUGAAAUCUUUCUUUUUAACAGUAAUUAUCUCACUCUAAAAUAUAUUAUGCAGCCUGCUCUUGUCCCCCUAUAUUUGUAUGAAGAAUGUGUCAAGCAUACCUAUAUAUUUAUAUAUAUGUAUGGUUUUUAUAUGUGUAUGUAUAUAUAUAUAUAUAUAUAUAUAUAUAUAUAUAUAUAUAUAUAUACACACGCAUAAUAUAAUAAGUAACACUUCAGGAAGAAUUAACAGGGUCUUUCUGUCCUCCUGUAACAUUAUAACCAUUGCCAUAAAGUGGCAGAGCCUAAAAAUAACCCUAUUGAAUAUCCAUCAUUACUUGAAGAUUUUGACUACAUGUUAAGGAUUUGGAUUCUUUCUUAGGAGGAUAAAUAUGGAAGCAGAAGUUAAUUUAAGGUAAAAGAGAAAAGUGAUUCUGCUUGCUGUCCACAAGAGACAAAAUGAGUUUAUGAUAAUGGGGUAUGAAGUUGGUUAGAAAGAGAAAUUGGGUGAAGCAAAGAGGUGCAAAAAGCUAGUAGGGGAAAAGCAUUAGUGCUUUGCUUUGAAACUGGAAAGAAUUUACAUGACACAGACAUCAGUUAUCAUACAGCAAAUUCCAUAGAGAGACUGAGAUGAAACCUAGGCAAAGUCGCCCCUAGCUCUGUACAUUUAUAUUAAGGAAAUAGCAGUUUUGGAGACAGGUUCAUAAAUUAACUUAGGAUUUCAGUACAGAUUUCUUAAAUUAGUAUCUCUCUUAUUCCUGCAUAAAUAAAAACAAAGGACUCAAGAGUCCCUUAUAUGUUUGGGAGUUUAUACCUGCUACAGAUAUACUCAAGAUGUGUAAGCAUAAUUCUUAUGAAAGCAGUCAACAAUAUGCUAGCAAAAAUAAUCUGAUUUUUAUUUUGACUAGUCCCAUUGCAGAGAAAAAGAAAAUUCCAAAGAUUUAAGUUUCCUGUCUUCCAUUAACUAGGUGAAGUACAUUUCUUUCCAAUACUAUUAGUGAUAAAUAAGAGGAGCAAUAAUGCCUAUAAAAG